AUGAUACUUUUUAUCCAUAACGGUAGCAUUCUAAUUCCGUCGCGGUCUCAAUCAACAGGUGAAGAUGUGCAAGGAACUAGGAUACGACAGAGCAUGGCAGCACUGCGGCUCACUAAUCCUGUUGACGAUAAGAAGAGGAUUCAAGAUAUGAAAGGAGGUCUUCAUGAAAAGUCAUAUGAAUGGAUAAAGGAGAAUCCCGAAUACAAAUCGUGGAGAAGUGAUGAUACAAGCCGUCGGCUACUUUGGAUCAAUGGUGACCCGGGCAAGGGCAAGACAAUGCUGCUUUGUGGCAUCAUCAACGAUCUGGAGGACAGCAAAAUGGAAGAUGGCAUCUUAUCCUAUUUCUUUUGCCAGGCUACCGAUUCGCAGUUGAACAGCGCCACUUGUGUUCUGCGCGGCCUAAUCUAUAUGCUCGCGAAGAAACAACCCUGCCUGGCCUCCCACGUACGGGACGAGUAUGAGAGCAGCGACUCAGCCUUCACGGAUAUCAAUGCUUGGUACGCAUUGGAAAGAGUCUUUAAGAAAAUUCUCGAUGAUCCUCACCUAGGAAGGGCCUGCUUCAUUAUUGACGCUCUUGAUGAGUGUGAGAUAGACAAGCGGAAGCUGGUGAAGCUGGUCGUUGAACAGUCGUCCGCUCAUGCUCAUAUCAAGUGGGUUGUCUCGAGUCGAAACUGCGACGAGAUUCGUAGCAUGUUGGGCAAUAUCUUCAACGAUCGCAAUGGCAUAGUAAAUCUAGAGGCCAACUCACGGGCGGUCUCCGAUGCUGUGGAUAUCUAUAUUCGGCAUAAGGUCUCCCGGCUUCGCAAAGUCGAGGAUCGAACGGUCAAAGAACAGCUCACCCAGAAAAUGUGUCAGAAGGCCCAAGGUACCUUCUUAUGGGCUGCUCUCACUGCUCAAGAGCUUCACGACGCCGAUAAAAGACACGUGCUAAAACUAGUCGACGAAACUCCUCCGGGAUUGGACGCUGUGUAUGAUCGCAUGCUCACCAAGGUUGCAGAGGUGAAGCGGGUUGUGCCCACGAAUUCUACAGUUUUUCAAGCGCAAAUUCCUGUUUUGGCUCGAAGCUUUGAGUCUACUAAAGGCAAUGCCAGAGGCCGUGAUUGCGAUGAAAAAGUUCGAGAAUUCACUCCAAUGGCCUUUUCACCUAAUGGGCUGCAAAUCAUGGCGGGUUUCACUGACGGCACCAUUAAGACGUGGGAUGCAAGUACAGGCGGUGACCUAAGGACGCUUCGGCAUGGAGCCCAAAUUAUGGCAUUGGAAUUUUCAACUAAUGUUAUGCGCGCUAUAUCAGGGUCUGGCGAUGGCACCGUUAAGAUCUGGGAUAUGGCUGUCGGUAGUACCGUCCGGACACUCCGGAGUGGCGGGAAGCUCAAGACAGUAACACUUUCGGCUGAUGGUAGACGUGCCGUUUCUGUAUUAACAGAUGGCACCAUCAAAGCCUGGGAUAUUGCUACAGGUAACACCUUACACACACCUAAACAUGGAGACAUCGUUCACACGGUGGCGUUUUCAACGGAUGGUGGUCGUCUUAUUUCGGUCUCUUAUUCAGGCAAGAUUAGGAUCUGGGAUGUAGUUGCCGGCAAGAACCUAGGGAUAAUUAUGCCUUAUCACAGGAUUGUGACAAUGGUAUUUUCAGCAGAUUCUACACAUAUCGUCUUCGGCCAUGUCGGGGGCACAAUUACCAUGUGGGAUGUAACUACUCGUACGCUCCUACGAAAGUUUUCGCAUGGCAAUGGAGCAGUCUUAUCAGUAACGAUAUCACAUAAUGUUAUCUCGGGGUUCGACGACGGAUCUAUCAGGAUUUGGGAUGCAGAGACAGGCAGCAACGUACGAACACUUCAGCACCGUGGUUGCGUCAUUGCAGUUACAUUUUCACGGAAUAGUAAGCUUGCGGCCUCGAGCGCUGCAUAUGGCACCCUCAUAGUCUGGAAUAUAGAGGCGGGUGCUGCCGUGCAGACGUUUGAACCCAACGGGUGGGUUAAUAGGCUGGAAAUCUCAGCUGAUGGCCUGCGUAUGGCGUCAGUGUCCCCUGAGAUUAUCACGAUAUGGGAUAUUUCCUCUGGUAAUCGUCUGGAGACAACUGAAGAUGGCGCAGCGACGAGUUAUGCGGCUUUUAACUCUAAGCACUUUGUCGAGUUUGACGCUCACCUCACGCUGCGUGGAGAAUGGCUCAAGUAUGACGGCAGAGAAAUAUUGUGGCUGCCACCCGACUACCAGCCAGGAUUUAUCGAAGCCUGCAGUUCAGCAUUCGCCAUCAUUAGUCUCCAAUGGCACAAUCAUCAUUAA